AUGCUAGAUGAAGUGCAGGCUAACUACAUGACCGGUGCGGUCCCCAUUGAUCAGCGGCCAGAGUUCAAAGGCCAAAAACUAGUCAUCUCAGCCCCCUCUAUCAGCUUCUACACCAUCCAGGAAUGCGGUCACUACAGCCCGCCCGACGUCCACGGUUCAAAACCCACAACACGGAAAUCACCGCCAAAGCCCUCGUCACCUAGACGCCAACCUGCCUCUCAGGAGCUGUUAGCCGUCCCCCUAAGCGCACCCAAAUCAGUAUCAACUGACGUGCUGGAUGAGUCAUCUCCGCCUCUCGAUCGGAGGAGGAACUCAGCUAGCUCGCUCGGCCGAGAAUCGCGACGGUUGAACAAACGCCAAUCUUACUCAAGUCGUGCAAGCCUUUUGGAGUCACAGAACGAAGCCACCACCAACAAGCGAGUGGCUCUGGCACUGAUCUGCGUCAAAGCACUCGACCUGACACUGUCACAGGUCAACUGCAACGAACCUCACAGACGCAGCAAUGGGCUGGUGGACAGGCACGGCGACAACCAGAAAGCGGCCUCGUUCUUUAAGAAGAACCUGCAGAUGCUCAUAGGGCGCAUUUCCUGCGAGGAAGCGGGCAUGCAUUUGCGUGUGGAGCGUUUCGGCCGUGACCCGGCAGUUCAUGGGCUGCCGCAGGAGAGUGUGAAGAUGUGGAAUCCCCACGAGACGCACUUCCACCCGUUUACGGAUGUGCUGAUGGAGUUGUUAGUGCCCAACACCUCCAUGGAAGUCGACUUCGAACUCGGCAAGCCCAGUGCGGCCAUGGUUCGAUUUCCCUCGUUCCAGCUGAGUGGCGCAGAGUUGUCGAUUGAUGCGUUGGCUGGCUGUGGUAUGGCGUGGGAGCCCUACUACCUGCGUGCAAGCGAAGCACACCGUGUGUACAGCAAAGUCAACCGAGCCCAGAACCAGGCAUUGGUGCACGCGUUGGCUGCGAUCUCUUCGCAAGUGCAGGACGUGCACCAUGUGAGUGACCGCUUUCAGGACAGUUGGCGUGUCACAGCCUACUUCUCUCUGCACGACUGGAACUGGCGCCUGCUGAUGCACAUUAGGCACAUCUGGAAUGUCCUGUCCGUGGACCAGAAAAUCGAGGUGGAGAGAUCCAUUAUCGAGCGCACAGAGAACGACUCCUAUUCACCUACCAAUGACUUUCUGUCGUGUGUGGGGUUGCUGAGUAAUUGGUAUGCAUUUCAGAGUGGACUGUCACCGGAGGAGAGAGAGGAGAUGGCGUACGACAACAUUGCUAACAGAGGUGUGAUGUAUAGUCAACGUGUACGAGUGGAGUGUACUGUGUCUAUGUGUUAA